CGCCUGAUUUCAAUGACAGAAUUGAGGCGAUUCAACCUCGCAACAAGCAGCGACACCCGCUAGCCUACCCAUUACCUGCCGGUCUGAUGAGUUGACAGACGGUCCACCGACAUGCCGGGCCCGCGACCAUUGCUGCCGGGCGUCGGUGCCCUGGACAAUGUCUGCUGGAGGUGUUGCAGGCGCCGGCUGCCUGCCAGGCAAAGAUUUCUAGCCCCUCUCUCGACCACAGCACGGCCAAGAUCUGCGGCUGGUGGUGGUGCUCCCUCGGCCCCGGCGCAGUCGCCUCGGGUGAAGGGCGCAUAUUUCCUGUCCAACACGCUACUCGACAGAUUCGGAGGCAUCCAGUUCAGACCAAGGGCGCGCAACAUGGGCGCGGCUGCUGUGACGUCGCGCCCACCAGCAAAACCCGCCAGCAACACCUUCAGCUCAUCACCAUACCCACGAGGCGCGGACGAGCCACCCCCGAGCGCCGCCUCCACUACGACCCAUGACGUAUUACCACAUCGACGGCGACAGGCCGCGAAACGUGCCGCCGACCCCUCCACUUCCGCCACAUCAGGCCCCGACAAGCCCUCCUCCUCCUCCUCCCCCGCCGACGCACCCCUCCCGCCCGAUGCGUCCUCGAUCCUAGCCGAGGCGGCGGCCAAGCAGCCAGCCGACUCGCUCCGGCGUAAGCUCUCGGCGCUGCUCUCGCUCUCCAAGCCGCGCCUCACCUUCCUCGUCGUCCUCUCAGCCAUGGCGCCCUACGCCCUCUACCCCGUCCCCGCCUUCCUCUCGCCAGGCGCCGCCGAGGCCACGCUCCCGUCCCUCUCGCCGCUCACGCUGCUCUUCCUCACGACCGGCACAACACUCUGCUCCGCCGCCGCCAACGCCCUCAACAUGCUCUACGAGCCGCGCACCGAUGCCCUCAUGAGCCGCACGCGCGCCCGCCCGCUCGUGCGCGGCCUCGUCUCCACCCGCGCCGCGGUCCUCUUCGCCGUCGGCUGCGCCGUCGCCGGCGUCGCGGCCCUGCACCUGGGCGUCAACCCGACGGUGGCCUUCCUGGGCGCGGCCAACAUCGCGCUCUACGCGGGCGUCUACACGCCCAUGAAGCGCCUCUCGGCCGCAAACACGUGGGUCGGCGCCGUCGUCGGCGGCAUCCCGCCCUUGAUGGGCUGGGCCGCCGCCGCGGGCGAGUCGGCCGUGGGCGACGGCUCCUGGCGCGAGCUCCUCCUGGCUCCCGACGGCUCCAGCGCCGGCGGCUGGCUCUUCGCCGCCCUCCUCUUCGCCUGGCAGUUCCCCCACUUCAUGGCGCUGUCGUGGGGCGUGCGCGACGAGUACCGCACCGCCGGCCUGCGCAUGCUCGCCUGGACGAAUCCGGCCCGCAACGCCCGCGUCGCCCUCCGCUACGGCCUGCUCGGCUUCCUCCCCAUCUGCGUCGGCCUCUGCGCCGUCGGCGUCACGGACUGGUCCUUCGCCGUCACGUCGCUGCCCGUCAACGUCUGGCUGGCGCGCGAGUCGGUCCGCUUCUGGCGCCUGCGCGGCGCCGGCGGCAGCGCCCGGGGCCUGUUCUGGGCCAGCGUCUGGCACCUGCCUGUCGUCAUGGUGCUGGCGCUGCUGCAGAAGAAGGGCAUGUGGGGCCGCGUCUGGCGGAGCCUCACGGGUGAGGGGGAGCUUGUUGGGGACGACGACGACGAGGGGUGGGAGUACGUCGAGGACGACGAUGGCGGUGGGGCCAAGUGAGCCGAUGUAUCGCGAGAGGGGACCAAACGCGCGCAUGCGCACACACAAAGUAUCACCUCAUCUCCGGUGCCCCAUACCUACCUACCUACGUACGCAUGUCAGCCUGAUGGUCUUGGCGCCUCCUGCCGACGCUCUUUACCGAUCGCGACCCUCUUCCCACGUUACCAUGUUCAAAGAGCCGCCAGGGCGGCGUGUCGCUGAAGCGCGGUACUUGUGUAAAACAAAUAGCAAAAGAAGUCAAAAAAAAAAAUCCACUCAUGUGUUCGAGCGAGGCGUUUCCCCCCGCGUGGGGCAAGCGCUUUUGGUGCAGCGGCGGCUUUCAAAGCUGGCUUCUUGGCGCGAGACAGAGACAACACACGGGGAACGCUUUGGAAGAGCACAAGACCCGCGCAGCAAGCGUGGGCGCUUGGAAUCAGGGGCGGCUGGGGGAGAGAGAGAGCGCUUCUGUGGGGUCCAGCGCGUAAAUUCGCCGACCACACACGCGCAAGAUGGUACCUAGAUGCAACAACAACCCCAGGAUACACUGCAGCUUGCACCGAUCCGUUGACCUGAAACUCGGGGAGAUUUGGUCUAGUACUAAAUUCUUUUUUUGAGUUCUCACCCGGUGGGUUGUACAGCCCUCGCUUCCUUCUCUGCUGCUCCUCUUUGUCGUGCAUGAUGGGUGUCAGACCAACAAGAGCUUGGGUCGACCUGUGGGCCAUGGGCGAGGGCGCGCGCCUCGCAUCAAAGCCCCAAAAGAAACAAAGAAACAGGUAAUCUUGAAUAGCCCCUGGAAUGCACCCGUCGACUGUCAGUCAAACAGUGACAACUUGUCUAAUUGCACGUGGUCCUCAAAGUACCAACUUCCCGUGUCUACUGAAACCCCGAUCCGCGCAAUUUGGGGGUGCAUGCCGAGAUGAUGGAUGCGGCGAUGAUUCUUUCUGUUACUUUAUUUAGGCCCGCACCCGCCUCGGGGGAAACGCCACGACAGGCCCAUUUGGGGACGAGCAAUAUGGGCAUGAAAAUCCCGAAGCCCGUUCCUGGAGGAUCACUGCGAAACAGAUGUUGAGUGGGAUAAAUGCGAGUGUAAUCAUGGGCUUCGUUUGUGAGCCCAAAAUAGAAUUUGUGCUGCUGU